AUGACCGAACCCGAUGUUAUUGGUCCUGAUCAUCAUCCGAAGAACUUUGCGUAUUAUGCAAGGUCCAUCAGACGACAGUUUUUUACGAAGGAUGGCCUUGUUGGCGAUUAUGAUUAUGCCUAUCUUUUCAAACCAAAUCUGCCAUUCAUGGGAUCCAAGAAUGUCACACCCCCAUUUUUUGGACUGAAUGACAAAAUGCCGACGCUGCUUGCUGCCCUCCUUGGACUCCAACAUACGCUGGCAAUGCUUGCGGGCGUCAUCACACCUGCGCUGAUCUUGUCCGGUGCUGGAGGUGUAAACCUGACGCCUGACGUUCAACAAUACCUCGUCUCGACUAGUUUAAUCGUAUGCGGAAUUCUCAGCGCUAUCCAAAUAACAAGAUUUCACAUUCUUAAGACGCCAUACUACGUUGGAACAGGCCUUAUCUCCGUCGUAGGUACAUCGUUUGCCAUAAUUCCUGUGGCAUCCGGGGCUUUCUCGCAAAUGUACUCCAAUGGCUACUGUCCUGUCGAUGCCAACGGUAACCAAGGCCCCUGUCCCAAGGCUUAUGGAGCCCUUAUAGGGACAGCUGCUCUGUGCUCUCUCGUUGAAAUCGCGCUCUCGUUUUUGCCUCCAAAGGUGUUACAAAAAAUAUUUCCACCUAUCGUCACGGGACCAACAGUGCUAUUGAUUGGGGUGGAUCUUAUUGGAGCUUCUGGUUUCAAGAAUUGGGCAGGUGGUUCAGGUCUCUGCGCCGAAAGUAACCCCCCAGAUUUUUUUGCAAAAUGCCCAGAUAUUACUGCACCUCACGCAUUGCCUUGGGGAUCUGCUGAGUUUAUUGGUUUGGGUUUUUCAGUUUUCGUCACUAUUCUUCUGCUAGAGAGGUUCGGAUCCCCCAUCAUGAAGUCUGCCAGCGUCAUUGGAGGUCUGCUUGUUGGUUGCAUUAUUGCUGCUGCCUGCGGCUAUUUUGAUAAUUCUGGUAUCAAAAGUGCUCCUGCUGCAUCCUUCGUCUGGGUACACUCAUUUCCUCUCAGCAUUUAUGGACCUCUGGUUCUACCGACCAUGAUUUUGUAUGUCAUCUGCGCUUGUGAAGCAAUUGGUGAUAUAACUGCGACUUGUGACGUUUCGAAUCUCGAAGUAGAAGGCGAACUCUUUGAAUCUCGUGUUCAAGGUGGUAUCCUUGCAGAUGGUCUCAAUGGUCUCUUGGCUGCGUUGAUGACCAUUACUCCAAUGUCCACAUUCGCCCAGAACAACGGCGUUAUCGCGUUAACGCGAUGUGCAAACCGUAAGGCUGGCUACUUUUGCUGUUUCUUCCUUGUCGUCAUGGGGAUUUUCUCGAAAUUUGCGGCUGCGCUGGUUGCUAUCCCAAGCCCAGUUCUUGGUGGAAUGACGACAUUUCUUUUCUGUGCUGUCGCUGUUGCUGGCAUGGCAAUUAUCGCUCGUACUCCAUUCAAUCGACGAAAUCGCUUUAUUCUAACUGCAGCGCUUUCUGUUGGAUUUGGUGCAAUCUUGGUGCCUAACUGGUUCUCCUACGUCUUUACAUAUAAGGGUAACAACCGAGCUUUGAUGGGCUUCUUUGAUGCGAUCGUUCUCGUCAUGGAAACUGGUUUUGCCGUCACAGCUCUUUUGGCUUUGCUAUUAAACUUGACUAUUGGGGAAGAAAUUGAACAAGAUGCUAUUCAGCUUGAAGGCCGCGGUCAUCCCGCGGAGGUUGAACAGCGCAAAGAUACGGAAGACGGAAUCGGCUUUGAAGUUCUGCACGUCAUUCGCUUGCAGGUCGACUUCAUUGCAAGAAAGGUUUUGCAUCGCCUUGACGGCGCUCUGCGUGAGCACACUUGGAUUGCUUUCGAGUACUCUGCCGCACAAAUGCCAUUUACUCGGCGGCAAACUCGACUGGCUUCGGCCAGUACACCUGCUCCUACAAGUCCCAUAACACAAGAUGGAACAUGUGUAGGCACGCCUGUGAAAACGCCACGAACGACGAGCGCUGGCUUACUUUCACACUCGGUCACUCACCGCCAACCAAGGACGCCUAAAGAUAAAUCACCAAUUAAGCCUGAUGAUCCAGAAAUGCAUCCACAGAAGGAGCAUCGUACCUCAACGACACCAUACGACGAGGCACGCUGGCUUGGCUUCUUUAACAUGGGAUCUCAGACUGCUCCAGCAGCAAAGACCGCCUCAUUUACCGCUGCGCUGACAUCCCCAACCCCGAACAAGAUGGCACGUACAGACGCCGCGGUUGCUCCACUCAUCGGUAAUGCGAUCUCAUCUUCAGAUUUCAAAUUUACACUACGCCGAGCUCCGUCUGUAGAGUUAAGUGAAGAGGCUCAAAAGAUUAUGGCUGAGAGUCGAGAAGAGGCAGCAAAGAUUCGAGCACAGCUUGCAGCAAUGCCGACUGUACCUGAUACAGAGCCUGAUCAAGGUGCUGGAUUAACACCUGGGCGGAAGAUUGCAAAGCCCAAAGCAAAGCUGGGCCGUUUCAGUGGCGUCCAUAUGGCUGUAUUCGAGAAGAUGGACUCGAUUGCCAAUCAUGCCUCAGCAUGGAGAGCCGACCCAAACCGAAACAAGGUUGCCACAGCUGCUGUGAAACUUUCGCCAUCAAAGAUUGAGAUUGAAAAACCGAACGCCCCGCGCAACCUAAAACGGUCACCUUCAAAGGCGCAGCUUGAUAGCCCAGCUGCAUCUGCGAGCUCCCGAACGCCAUUAAAAGUGGCAGUGGAAAAAUCCGAGUCCAAUCCGUUCCUCGCCAAGUCGCCAUUGAAAUUUGGCACAAUAUCUCCUGUCCCGACGCCAGAAGAAAGACAAGCUCCGUCAGCAAAGCGCGUCAAACACGUCGAGGGAGAUGAUGCUGGCACAACUCGUCCACAGCAGGAAAAACCUUCCCUGUCUAUCUCACGCCAAAAAUCCUCAAAUAUCGUACAUUCCAAGUCUGGUUUGCUUCGCCCCGGCUUCUCUUCUGUUAUGAGUCCAACCAAGUCCUCGAUGGCAAGAAUGCAAGCUUUCAAAGACAUCAAAUCGGCAACUCCGGUUCCAGCAUUGGUACGCUCGAAGACUAGCUCCAAUCUUCGUCAGGCUGCCCAGAACUGCACUUCAGCCAUACCCAGGUCAAGGUCGAUGAAAGACUUAAACAUGGUGUCGACUCCUCGUGCAGCAUCCCAACAGCUUCAAACCACAGUACCCUCUCCCACACCUGUCAAGACUGCCUUGCUCCCCUAUCAUAGUCCAGUUAAGGCUCCAGAGUUUUUGGCGAGUUCACCCAUAUCUUCCUUCUCGUCGAGGAGGAUCAAGAGUAUUUUGCGUACACCUACUCGCCGAUACACUCGCGAUCCAGUCAAGAUUGCUGCGGGAACACAUCUUGCAACCCCACCUCAGCUAAAUACAUUAUACCCAAACGUGCCAGCAACUGAGCCCGUGAUCAAGCGCGUUAAUUUCACUGACAGUACCAAGUCAAAAAUGGAGAGUGAUACUGCAAUAAAUUCUGAAUCUUCUGAGCCAGAAGCUGUCACUUACCCUGAUCUGAUGUCUCAGGACGGUAAUCGUCGCAUCACAAUGUCAGAGAUACCUAGUGACACCAGAAAUUUCACAUUUCGUUCCAACCAAGAGAUCGCCUUUGGUUCGUCGAAAAGCAGCACUAUUCGACAAGUUCGCUCAAGCGAUGUCAGUAUUCCUCCCGCAUUUCAGUUUACUGGUGUUAGAGACUUGUCAUCACCGUCGAAACGCAAACUCGACACCCUUGAUGAGGCUAGCGAGGUUUCUGACAAGGAGAAUCGUGAGCGGGACGAGGACCACCGCCCUAUGAAAAAGGCACGCACGAUUUCGGAUACUAAAUCUGCACCUGUCACGCCGGUGGCUGAAAAAAAGAUGUUGAGGAGCAACAUGUCACACUUGGGACGCACUGGUGGUAAGAGAACUGGUGGACUUAGUACUGCGCGACUCAACAUGCUUGCUAAGCCAAAGCGACGUGCUUGA